CGAACAUAAAACCAGUUCCCAGCCAGAAAGUUUGAUUCACGCUUACAGCAAGCAACCAUAUCCAAGUCGUCAAACUACUCUCGGUAUUUCACCCUCCACUCUACAACCGCAAAAAAAGAAGAAGCUGCGAGAACGAAAGAGCGCUACCUAGCCAGCAAUGUUCUUCACCACCUCCCCAGACGCCCUCUUUAUUCCGCCCAAGACCAUCGACCCCGUGGGCUUCGGCAAAGUCGCCGUCGUCACAGGGUGCGGCUCGGGCGUGGGCCUCGCGUGCGCCCAGCUUCUCCUGGCGCACCAGUACUCGGUCUGCGGGCUCGACGCGCGCGAGUUCAACUACGCUCUACUCCAGGAGGCGGAUCACGGCCGGUUCCAUUUCCACCGCGCCGAUCUCACGGAGGCGAGGGCUUGUGAGGAUGGGGUGUAUGCUGCUGUUGCUUCUUUUGGAGGACGAAUCGACUUGCUUGUCAACGUUGCGGGCGUGAUGGGAUCGUUCAGCAGCGCCGAUGGCGUGACGGACUCGGAGUGGGACCGGGUAAUGGCCGUCAACCUCACUGUCCCGGUCAAGAUGAUGAGGGCGGUGAUCCCCUUUAUGCUCGAGAAGAAGUCGGGCGUCAUCGUCAACGUCGCCAGCACGGCUGGCGUCUCGGGGGCCGUGGCUGGGAUAGCGUACACGUGCAGCAAACACGGUAUUAUUGGCGCAACCAAGAACGUGGCAUGGCGUUUCCGCAAGGAGGGCAUCAGGUGCAAUGCGGUGCUCCCCGGCGCCAUCGACUCGCGUAUUGGCAAGGCCAUUGCCGUAGGCCACGGAGGGAACGGAAAAGGAGACGAGAUCUUCGAUGCCGAGGCCUACGCGCAGGUUGAGCCCGUUCAUGCGCUCCAUGCGCAGGCGUCCGAGUCGACGCCGAAUAUCACGCCGCUCGAGGUCGCGCAGUCAGUGGUAUUUUUGGCGACGGACCAGGCCAGGACGGUUAACGGGGUUAGUUUGCCUAUUGACCAGGCUUGGAAUGUUGUCUGAGGAGGAUGUGGUUUUUGGUGUGUUUUCAUGAAAGGGAUAUAUUUUGCUUUGUGACUUGGCUGGGUAGUAACCACGGCACGGGAGAAUAUAUGUGGACUGGGGUUGUUUUUGGAAUUCACCCUAUCAAUGAGGUAUACGACUUAUUUCUGGUCUCCCACCAAUCCAUGUGAUAGUUGGUCUUUCUGUCUAGAAUGAUGCGGAGCCUGGUAGGAAGGUAUAAGCUUGACGGUGUUCAGACGUGGAAGGCAUGACUGCUCUCUCUAUUCACUGCUUAUAUAAUAUCCAGGACACUUUUCCACAAUGUGAGAUGGAAGGGCUACGAAGCUACAGCUGUGUGGGAUAGAGAAUUAGAAGAUGUGAUACCAACUACCUGUCACGGGCAAUGUGUAUGGAUGAUUCAUGGGGGCAUGACCUACGUCUCGGCACUUUGUGGCCCAUCACCAGAACAGCAGGCUGGGCC